AUGGCGGGUGCUUCUCCCCAUGUGCUCGUUGUCGAUGAUUCCCGUGUUGAUUGUCUUGUUGCAUCCAGGGUCUUAGAGAGUUGCAACAUUCGAGUGACAACUGUGGACGGUCCCAAGCAAGCCUUGGAGUUCUUGGAUUCGGAACAUGAUGUGAACUUGAUUUUGGCUGACUAUUGUAUGCCAGAUAUGACUGGCUAUGACUUUCUCAUGGAAGUGAAGGAAUCACCUAAGCUGGAGCACAUCCCAGUGGUGAUUGUGUGCUCUGACAAAAUCCAUGAAAGAAUAAACAAGUGCCUGGACGGAGGAGCAAAGGAGUACCUCUUGAAGCCUCUCAAGGUUGCUGAUGUGACUCGCAUUCUCAGCUACAUUUGA